UAAUACAGAUGGUGUUCUUUUCUUGCAAUGCUUGUGGUGAUUCACUAAAGAAAAACCAAGUGGAAAAGCAUUACACAACAAAAUGUCGUCAAGCCAAGUCAUUGUCCUGUAUUGACUGUAGCAAGGAAUUCUGGGGGCAAGAAUAUGAUAAACACACGAAAUGUAUAUCUGAAGAAGAGAAGUACUCUGGGAAAAACUAUGUACCAAAAGCAGGGGCCAACAAAGGGGAACAGAAACAGAAUCAGUGGCUAGAG